GGAGGAGGAGGAGGAAGAAGAAGAAGAGGAAAGAAGGGCCCCUGGAAAAGUGCACAGCACUGCCCCAUCCUCACGCAAGGCCCAAACGAACUACAAGCAGGGUCGUGGGGCGCAAGCGGUUUACUCCAGCAGCGAGGACGAAGAGGAUGGAGGUGGCAAGCAGCACCGGAAGCAGAAGAGUGCCGUACAGCCGCCUGUGCCGGCGGUGCAGGACGGUGGCCGCUUACGCCGGCAGCCCAAGCUGACUGAGAAGGCCAAGGAAAACCUUGCGGAGAAGAUCGAGGCAGAAAAGCGCAAGAAGGCGGCAACAGCCGUGAAGGACAUGCGCCGCACCAAGGCACGAGAGUUGCCGCUGCCAAAGGACAUGGGCGCGCAUGGUUAUGUGCCGGAAGCGACCGGCAACAUGGGCAAGGAGGGAAAGGUGGCCGGCAAGCAGGGACAGAAGAAGCCAAGGCGAGCGUGAAGGGCAGGGGCAAGGGGGCGGGCGGGGGGCACCGGUUUCGGCACUCGCCUUAAUAUUCGGGACACAACUCUGUAGUGUGUUGCUUUCCUAGUAGUUUUAUGCGUGUGUGGUAUGAAAGGUGGCGUGUGUGCGCGAACUUGGUGUGUUAAUUGGGGUAUUACAUGUUCCCUCCUUACAGGACGGAUCCUGAGGCAUGCUUCGUGUGCAAAUCUUUGGUGGCAUGUCUGGAUGAGUAGGGGCUGGAUUAGGACCCGGACGUUAUGUCUGGCCACUGAACGGAAAAACCAUUGCAAUACAGACGUUCAUUUAGGCCACAGUGCCUGCCUAAUAACCAUUGUAAGGUCUGGC